CAGCAACCGCAAUAUCCUCCUGCAUUUCCAUUGCAACCUUCUCUGGCAUCUUCCUACAAUAAUGCACCAAGUGUGCUUCCAAACAUACUCGACGCCAGCGCUCCCGAUGCACAGGAUGUGUGUCCCGGUUACAAAGCUUCCAACGUGCAACAGAGCAGUUCAGGUCUUCAGGCCGAUUUGACCUUGGCUGGUACACCCUGUAACGUAUAUGGUAACGAUAUCCAGGACCUUGUUUUAUCUGUCCAGUACCAGAACCAGACCAGACUUGCUGUCAGCAUCACUCCCAAGUAUCUGGCUCCACACAAUGAAUCUCUUUAUAUCCUUGACGAGCGGUUCACCCCACGGCCUGGAGUAGAAGAAGGUUGUAGCAACACCACUAGUGAUCUGGCAUUCUCGUGGACCAACGACCCUAGUUUCCAGUUCGAGGUCACUCGAGUUGGAUCCGGCGAGACCAUAUUCAGUACAUAUGGCAAGGAGAUUGUGUUCGAAGACCAGUUCCUCGAGCUUGUCACCUCAAUGGUUCCAGACUACAACGUAUAUGGCUUUGCUGAAGCCUUCCAUUCGUUCAGGCUCGGCAACAACUAUACUCAAACCUUCUGGAAUGCCUACAACCUCGAUAACGAUCAAUUGCCUGAUGUCAAUGGGCAUAGCACUCAUCCGGUCUAUCUUGAAACUCGCUAUGGCAACGGCACAUCGGCUUCUCACGGUGUCUAUGCUCGUAAUGCUCACGGACAAGAGUGGCUUCUCAGAGAAGACACUAUCACUUACCGCACGAUCGGAGGCAGCUUUGAAUUCUAUUUCCUCAGUGGUCCGACACCUAAAGAAGUCAUCAGCCAAUAUCAGGUCGGCAUCGUCAACACGCCAGUCAUGCAAAGCUACUGGUCGCUCGGUUUCCACCAAUGCCGAUGGGGCUAUUUGAACUGGACCAACCUCCGAGACGUGGUCGAGUUGUAUGCUGAGCAAGGUAUCCAGCUUGAGGGCAUCAUGAACGACCUCGAUUACCUCAACCUGAACAGAGACUUUACUCACAAUGCUAAUUACCCAGCGGAUGAGGGUAAAGAAUUCUUGGACUGGCUGCACGCGCGUGGUCAAUAUUACUUGCCCAUCCUGGACCCAAAUAUCUACGCUCCAGACCCAACCAACGCCAGCGAUGCCUAUCCACCCUUUGAUCGCGGCAACGAGCUCGACGUCUUCAUCAGAAACGGUAACGAUAGCUUGUACUAUGGUAUGGAGUGGAACGGAUUCAGCGUCUGGCCCGACUUUUCGGUCCCACAAGCUCAGCAAUUUUGGACAGAGCAAUUUGCCGAGUUCCGCAAGGCAUUGGCCUUUGACGGCUUCUGGCUCGAUGUUAGUGACCCGACUUCUUGGUGUACCGGAAGCUGUGGUCAAUACCAGCGAAGCCUGAAUCCUGUGCAUGUACCCUUUGCAUUACCUGGAGAUCCAAACACGAGCAUCGCUGUUGAUUACCGCUACCCGGAAGUGUUCAAUGUCACAAACGCGACUGAGGCGGCUUCAGCUAGUGCGGCAAGAGCGUCGCAGAUGUUGGCUUAUCCGUCGAUGACACUGGCUCCUUCCCCUGUGUUGGGACGCACACUUGCAACUCCUGGAGUUCGCAAUCUCAACUUCCCGCCGUAUGCGAUCAACAACUUCUUGCCUGGUCACAGUCUACUGAAGCAGGUCAUUGCGCCUAACGCUACCCAUUUGGACGGACCUUAUAAUAGCACUGAGUAUGAGCUGCAUAACCUUUAUGGUCAUCUUAGUGGCAACGCAACAUACAAUGCUCUCGUCGCUGUCUAUGAAGGCAAAAGACCGUGUAAAUAUGCUAACCUGCAACANGGUGGUGACACGAACUCCGACUGGGGCGACAUGUACUUCGGCAUCUCGCAAGCCUUGCAAUUCUCCAUCGCUGGCAUCCCUUACUUUGGUGUUGAGACAUGUGGCUUCAACGGCAAUGCAGACAUGGAGUUGUGUACACGAUGGAUGCAGUUGAGUGCAUGGUUCCCGAUUGCAGGNUAUCGCAAUCACAACAACCGUAAUACCAUCGCCCAAGAGGCCUAUCGCUGGGCAACAACUGCCGAGUCAACUAGACGCAUCAUGAAUAUUCGAUACUCCUUGCUUCCAUACACAUACACUCUCUUCCACAAAGCGAGCAAGGCUGGCGAGACAGUACUAAGAGCUUUGGCGUGGGAGUUCCCCGAAGACGCGUCGCUCAAGGCCAUCGACAACCAAUUUAUGAGUGGUCCAGCACUGUUGGUGAUGCCAGUACUCGCACCACUCGCAACCUCGGUACAAGGAGUAUUCCCUGGAGUAGCGACUGGAACCAUCUGGUAUGACUGGUAUACUCUACAAAAGAUUGACGUUGCUGCUAGAGAGAACAAGACCCUGAGUGCACCAAUUGAACAUCAACCCAUCUUUGUCAGAGGCGGGUACAUCAUCCCAAUCCAGAAAGCUGGAAAUACUACUUCCACAUCGAGAAAGAGCCCUUGGAGCUUGCUCAUUGCCCUUGAUAAGGACGGCAAAGCAAGCGGUGAACUCUUCCUUGACGAUGGCAUCAACAUUGUUCAAGACUCGACCAAGAACGUUGAGGUACGUCAACUUCUUCCCGCGUAUCUCUAUCCUUCUAAACAUGUUUCUAGNAUCUCUUUCGCAGACAAUAUGUUGUCGACCAAGGUGACUGGGGCUUUCGAAGAUGGCAUUCCACUGGCGAACAUCACCAUCGCUGGUGCGUCGGCUUUGCCGAAAGACAUCAACCUCCACAUCGACGGUGCGGCGUGCGAGACCUCUGUUCUCGAAGUCAAGGCAGGAGGCAACGUGACUUAUGUAACAGGACUCGAGGGUGUGACGACAGCUGGGGCGUGGCAGGGCGGCAUGACGCUCCAAUUGGUGUACUGA